GAAGAAACAAACAGGUGGAAUAUGAUUGCACUUGGUCUUGGCCUACUAUCUUUGCUUCUCGGCCUUGAGCCAGCAGAGGCCCAGUUUCCUCGAGUGUGCUGCACAGUGGAGGGAAUCCUGUCCAAGCAGUGCUGCCCUGCUCUGGGAUCAGAUCCUGCCAACAUCUGUGGCUCUCUGUCAGGAAGGGGAAGCUGCACCGCUGUUCGCGUUGAUGCCAAACCCUGGGGAGGACCCUACAGACUCAGAAAUGUUGACGACAGAGAGAGGUGGCCGACCAAAUUCUUCAAUCAGACUUGCAGAUGUACUGGCAACUUUGCAGGUUUUGACUGUGGCCAGUGUAAGUUUGGCUGGGCCGGACCAAACUGUGACCAGAGGAAGACUCCUGUGGUGCGGAAGAACAUCCACUCCUUAACCCCUGAAGAAAUUCAAGUGUUCCUGGAUACUCUGGAUCUUGCUAAAACCACGAUCCAUCCAGAUUAUGUCAUUGCCACUCAGCACUGGCUUGGACUGCUGGGACCAAAUGGAACUGAGCCACAGUUUUCCAACAUCUCCAUCUACGACUUCUUUGUCUGGCAGCAUUACUACUCAGUUAGAGACACCCUUCUUGGUCCAGGCCGCCCCUUUAGAGCCAUUGAUUUCUCUCAUAAAGGACCAGCGUUCAUCACGUGGCACAGAUAUCACCUUCUCAGCUUGGAAAGAGAGCUGCAGAGGCUGACAGGAAAUGAGAACUUUGCGAUCCCUUACUGGAACUUUGCCACAGGGAAGAGUGAGUGUGAUGUGUGUACUGACUCUCUGUUGGGAGGCCGAAACCCGAACAACCCCUCCCUUAUCAGUGACCAGUCGAGAUUCUCCAGAUGGGGAGUGGUGUGUAACAGUUUGGAUGACUACAACCGCCUUGUGACUCUUUGCAAUGGCACCAGUGAGGGUUUAAUUCUCAGAGGGAUCAUGGAGACAGCCAACAAGUCUCUGCCUACCAUGAAUGACGUCAGAAGCUGUCUCGGAAUCAGGGACUUUGAUAGCCCUCCCUUUUUCACCAACUCGUCCUUUAGUUUUAGAAAUGCUCUUGAAGGAUAUGAAAAGCCAGAUGGAGAGCUUGAUGAUACAGUCGAUAACCUCCACAACCUUGUCCACACUUUACUCAAUGGAACCAGCUCUUUAUCUCACUCUGCUGCCAAUGACCCCAUCUUUCUGGUUCUCCAUGCUUUUACUGAUGCCAUUUUUGAUGAGUGGAUGCGAAGAAUCGAUCCUUCCAAUGCCACCUACCCUGAUGAGAUGGCCCCCAUUGGUCACAACAGAGACUAUAACAUGGUGCCAUUCUUCCCUCCAAUCACUAAUGAGGAGAUCUAUGUCACCACUGAGCAGUUGGGAUAUUCCUACUCAAUUUCCCUAGACGAUGCAGACAGAGGGCCGGCUGUCUUUGUACUUGGCUCCACUUUAGGGGGAGUCUUCGUUGGUCUCCUGGUGCUGCUCCUUAUCUUUGUGCUCUACCUGCGCCAGCGGAGAAACAGAGGCUUUGAACCUCUGAUAAAAGCAGAUUUCACAAAUAGAAAGUACACAGAGGAAGCCUAG